GUUUUGACACGGAACCCCUCGGAAACCUCCCGAUAAGAAAUCGCUGAACCCCGGAGGAGGCGGUAGCCCGUAGAGGCGUAGACCACACCAGUAGGCCACCGGCCCAUGGCGAGCCCCAAUAGGCCCGGCGCCGCCGGUCUGCUGCUCGCGGCGGCAGCCGCGCUCCUGCUUCUCCUCUGCUCCACGGGCUCAUCGGAGGAUGGGUACCUCGGGUGCGUGGGCCUGCCGUGGGGCGCGAGUAGUCUCACGGCCAUCCCGUUCAGCCCCACCGACGUGCUGCCCCUCCUCCCGCGGGGCGUCGCCAUGGCCGCGCUCCGGGCGCUCCGCGGCGUGUCGGACAUCUUCCCGGUGUUCGUCGGCGCGGCGACGGCCGGCGGGCCGGGCCCGGCGUCCGGCGGAGAGGCGAAGGUGCGGUGGAAGGGGGCCUGCUUCUACGAGAACGAGGCGUGGCUGGUGUUCCACAACGAGAGCGGGUCCAAGUACGGCGGCGGCACGCUCCACAUCAAGACAACGAAAGCACACAGCUGGACUUGCAUUGAUCUCUACGUAUUUGCAACACCUUACCGUGUUACAUGGGAUUACUACUUUUUGGGGCGAGAGCACACCCUAGAUAUCAAAGAAUGGGAAAGUGAGGCUGAGUACGAAUAUGUGAAACGUAAUGGGGUGUCCAUUUUCCUCAUGCCAUCUGGAACAAUUGGAACGCUUCGAGCACUUUGGGAUGUCUUCCCUCUGUUCACAAAUACUGCAUGGGGUGAAAAUGCAAAUCUUGCUUUUCUUAAGAAGCAUAUGGGUGCUACAUUUGAGGAACGGCCGAAACCUUGGGUAUCAGAGUUAAAUCCUGAUGACAUCCACUCUGGAGAUUUCUUGGUUCUAUCAAAGAUUCGUGGACGCUGGGGUGGUUUUGAAACACUGGAGAAGUGGGUUACUGGUUCUUAUGCUGGCCAUACCGCAGUUUGCCUUAGGGACUCUGAUGGAAAGCUUUGGGUUGGGGAAUCUGGUAAUGAAAAUGAACAGGGAGAAGAUGUUAUUGCUAUCUUGCCCUGGGAGGAAUGGUGGGAGUUUGAAGUGACGAAGGAUGAUUCAAAUCCUCAGAUUGCACUGCUUCCUUUGCAUCCUGAUUUACGAGCAAAGUUUAAUGAGACAGCCGCUUGGAAAUAUGCAAAAAGCAUGAAUGGGAAGCCUUAUGGGUAUCACAAUUUGAUAUUUAGCUGGAUCGAUACCAUCAGUGGUAACUAUCCACCACCAUUGGAUGCUCAUGUGGUUGCUUCUGUUAUGACUGUAUGGACCAAGCUUCAACCAGAGUAUGCUGCUAAUAUGUGGAAAGAAGCCCUUAACAAGCGCCUUGGAACUAAGGAUCUUGAUCUUCCUGAAAUCAUUGUGGAAUCAGAGAAACGUGGGAUAACAUUUGACAAGUUACUAACUGUUCCUGAGAAAGAUAAUUGGGUAUAUAAAGAUGCUCAGUCAGCAUCUUGUGUAGCUUUCGUCCUUAUGAUGUACAAGGAGGCUGGGCUCUUUGACCCUAUUUCAAGCUCUAUUGAAGUUACUGAAUUCACAAUAAAAGAUGCUUACACCCUCAACUUUUUUGAGAACAACUCGACCCGGCUUCCCAAGUGGUGCAACAAGGACGACAGUGUUAAGCUCCCCUUUUGCCAAAUCAAGGGCAGGUACCGGAUGGAACUGCCUGGAUACAACACGAUGAAACCAUACGCCCACAUGAACGAAAGAUGUCCAUCCCUGCCUCCGGAUUACAAAAGGACAAAGGGCUGCUAGUGCUAUCUAGAUAUGCUGUGUGCUUUUUAUUCACGCUGUCUUGUAGCCAAAAUCUUCAGUUGUACAUAAAACUGUAGGUAUGGAAUGUACUUCCUUGACAUGCAUAGAUUGCAGUCAAGAAUCAAGAUAUGUCAACUUCCUCGAAUAUGGAAGACCAUGACUGUACAGUGAAUAUACAGCUGAUCUCCCAAUACUCACGCAGCGCUCGGGGUCCCUGAAAGGAUGAAACAUCGGUAGUUCUUUCAUUCAGUUUCUCUCGUAAACUGUAUGUGCAUCCUUGUAUCCAAAGCCGGUUAUAAAAGGUUCAGGCCCUCCUGCAAUUUGAUUUGUCAUUUGUGGCA